CGUAGUGGUGCGGCCGGCGCCGGCCCCGCCCCGCGCGCGGAGCCGCCAUUGCGGGUUGUUUGUGCGGGCGCGCAGCGAUCGCGGGCGGGAGGCGGCGCCGCGGCUCCGCCAUGUCCACUCCGGCGCGCCGCCGCCUGAUGCGCGACUUCAAGAGAUUGCAAGAAGACCCUCCUGUGGGUGUCAGUGGUGCACCAUCUGAGAAUAACAUAAUGCAAUGGAAUGCAGUUAUAUUUGGGCCAGAAGGGACACCUUUUGAAGAUGGUACUUUUAAACUAGUAAUAGAAUUUUCUGAAGAAUAUCCAAAUAAACCUCCAACUGUUAGGUUUUUAUCAAAAAUGUUCCAUCCAAAUGUGUAUGCAGAUGGCAGCAUAUGUUUAGAUAUUCUUCAGAAUCGCUGGAGUCCGACAUAUGAUGUUUCAUCUAUUUUAACUUCAAUUCAGUCUCUGCUUGAUGAACCCAAUCCAAACAGUCCAGCAAACAGUCAGGCAGCACAACUUUACCAGGAGAACAAACGUGAAUAUGAGAAAAGAGUUUCAGCUAUUGUCGAACAAAGUUGGAAUGAUUCGUAACAGCUGCUGUGUUACUCUCCAUCCUCAUAAUCAUUAUGUACAAUUUAACUCUCAAUAGAAAGGCUACCAGAAAUUUCAAGUGCCACAGUUCUAUGAAUUUGCAUAAAAACUAAUUUGCAAACAAAAUUAAGCCCUCCAGUUUAGGGGAAGCUAAAAGCUUGUGUAUCUCAAUUAACGUCCUUUUUAUUGCAUGGUAAGAACUAAGUUAUUGCUACAUAAAUUUGUAAUAUAUCCUGUUUGUAUUUUUUUUCCAAGUGUAUAAUGUUGGUGUGGAGUUUUCAUGACAGAAUAUACACAUUUUGUAAAUCUGUACUUUUUCAAAUAUUGAAUGCCUUAUUUUUGAAUUCUUUAGAUUUUUAAAUUGGAGAAAAGCACUUAAAAUAGUUUUUUAUAUAUGAAUAUUUCAUGUAAAACUGUUAAAUACAUAACCUUAGUGCAAGACAUUCUGCUCUCACUCUAUCUUUUUCCAAGGGCUCAUUUUUUUUGUCCAUGCUGUUGAUACCCUGCACUUUGCAAACAGAAAAGUUAAUCCACAAUGCAACUGUCUUCAUGGCAUUACUUUGCUUCUGCACCACAGCUUGACUUGAUUCUGUGUGUCCUCAGUUGUAUGAGGAAGAGACAUUUUGGUAGCUGCCAAUUACAAAUGGGGAAACAGAUGUAACUGUUUUGCUAAAAGUCCCACCUUAAACCAGCAGCAGAAUUGCAAACAUAACCUGGGUGAGCUGGCUUGAUGAGAACAUAUUCUAAUAAGUUUUAUUUUUCUGAAAUAUUGUAUUUUACAAACCUGGAAAUGUUGACAUCUAAAUCUGUCCUAUAAUCACAUAGUGAUACUGUAAUAUAGUUUUGAAUAUCUUCUAAUAAUUAAAGAGGUUUCCCAUUAGUUUCCUUUGGGGGUAGGGAAAAAAUUAAUCACCAACAAAAGAAAACGUGUCUGCAGAUUUAAUGGAGUUAUUCUUUAAAGCUGGACUGUGUACUGUGUGGUCAGGUCUCAUGUCUGUAUCACAGAGGCUCCACAUAUUCUUAAAUUGACAGUUUAAAGAACUUUGGCUUUGUUUUUGUAAGUGUUGAUGUGGUGGUAGUUUCUUACUGUAUUCUGUAAACCAGGCUACCUGACUGCAGUAAAGAAUUAAGCCCUUUUUUUUCUUCCACUGUUAAAAUUGUAACAACUUUUCAUAAUUCCAGCCAGCAUUACAUAUAUAUUAAACUUCCCAAAUCCCAUACCAAAAUCGAGCUCAGUGAUGCCUAAAAAGCAAUGGGAAUCGAUUUCACCUAGAAAAGAAAGUUGUUUAUUUACAGCAGUCAUUACUAGAAGUUGUUCUCAAUGCACUGAAACAAAUAAUAUCAAUUUACACCUCACACCUGCUUGUAAAGGUCUGUGGCUUCUAGGAGCAGCACUCAGGUUUAGAAAUGGCACUCAGAAUACUGUCCAACCAGACUCUGAUAGUAGCUUGUGGAGUAAAACUGCUGUGCCUUGGAUAAGCAUUAGUGUACAAAGGCUCAGAAAAUAGCAAUGCUGUGUAAUAACUUUGCUCUCAUUAAGUCAGUUUGCUUUCUUUGAAUUGCUGAAUUUGUGUUUAAGAAUUUUUCAAUCUAUGUCUGAUUAAUAACAGAAACUCUAAAGGAUCCAAUUUGCUUUUGGUUGUGGUGAAGUUACAGUAACACUGGCAAAGUGAUGCUCCAUGGCUUAAAACAUCAAUGCAAAGAUUUUUGUCCAUAAAUAUAACAUGGAAAAGCUUCCCCCUUCUAAGAAUUAAUCUAAACUUUGAUUUUUUUUUUUUUUUUUAAUUUGCCUCCUCUUUCAGUAUUUUUGUUCCUUUGACGUGUGCAUGAGAUGAGAUUUGCUGUUCAUUAGCAUUCACAUUAAUUUGAUUUUUCCUGAACAGCCAGUUUGGCCCAGUUAUAGAUUGAUGAUGCUCAGAACAUGUUUUUGUGUCUCUGGGAUGUGUGAGAAACAAAAUUGGAGCAGAAGGGGGUUUAAUUAAUGAUGGGCACUGCAAGCUGCCUGUGCUUGGAUCCACACUGUUCAGGGACAGGUGUGUCUGAAAGUGUCUAAGAGCAUUCUCUACCAAGGGCAGAACUUGGAGCCACACUCAGUAAAGUCUGGCUGGAAAAUGUCCUGCUGUCCCUCAGACAGAGGCGAGGUGUCCCAGGGUGUGCUGUGAAGGAGCAUUUACUUGCUCACCAGAUUUCCCACAGUAACACUUGAAAUGACUUUGCAAGCUGUGUGGGAAUGUGGGAAUGGUGAGAAUUCAGCUCCAUGGUGACCUCUGGGGGACACACUGGUACAGAGGAGCUGCUGUUUCUGCAGGUGGGAUCCUGGAGCAGCUGGGGGCUGCACGGGGCAUCUCCAGGGGAUGUGGGAGAAAGGGUGACUUCUGUGAGCCCUCCACCAUCCACCAAUACACAUUAAAAACAGUCAGAAAGCACAGGUUAAAAUCUGCUAAAACUUGCUAGAAAACAGAUCCAUUACCAGGCAGAAGGAAGCAGGCCAGAGGUCAUGGUGUUAAAGGAUGCAAUGUGUGUGAGCUGUCUGCACUCACUGGUGCUGCUCAGGGCCACAGAUUCCUCUUGGAGCCUUCACAUGCCCAUGUUCAGCAUUUCCAGUGGGUUUAGAUGUACUGGCUGCUCAGGCCUGUGUGUUCCUUACUGUUCCCUGCUCCCACCCCCCUCCUUUUGGGAUCAUCUGGUCCCUGAGCCCUGCAGGCUGCCCUGAAGCUGUGUGUGGGUGCUGAAACAGCAGGUCAGGAGUGUGGGUAAGGGACAGAUGAAAGCCCUUUCCCUCUACGAAGAGCAGGAGAGGAGUGAUGACAAAGACAAGGUUCAAGUGCACUGAUUCACAAGAGCACUCAGUAGUCACAAUAAACUUUGUGGCACAGUUACCUUCUUAAAUACUAUACUGGGAGGCUUGGUUUUUAAUGUUUUAGGAGGUGUAAUGUACUAAGCUUGCUAGGACAGUGGGAUUAAUUAAGGGCUGAUGGGUUCACAGUUUUGGAUUUAUAGCUUCUCAUGGGGCUUUCGUUCAUUGAUAUUAAACAGUUCAUAAUCA